UAGAGCGGAAGCCGGAAGUACAUUGCAGUAAGCGCUUUAUUGUCCACCGCCAAUCCGUCAGUAUGAUGAAACUAACUUACAAGAAAAGGGCUGAGUUUUGAAAAUGACACAGGCUCUAAAAAGCUUGGAAGCCCUGCAACUUUUGGCAGGAAUUGUGGUUAGCUGGACCUCAGCGGCUCACUGCUCCUAAGUGGAAGCUGGCUGUUUGGGUCCUCCAGCCUGAGCUAGAGCAGACAUCUCUAUGGUCAAGUAAACAGCGCGAGUGCUGUUUUCCCCACGUGGUGGGAUUGCGCAAGAUCAGUAGCUGCUACACCGGAAAGAUGGCGGAGCAAGAGCAAAGAAAAAUCCCUUUGGUUCCAGAAAAUCUCCUGAAAAAGAGGAAGGCUUAUCAAGCCCUCAAAGCCACUCAGGCAAAGCAGGCACUUUUGGCAAAGAAGGAGCAGAAGAAAGGAAAAGGGCCCAGGUUUAAGCGAUUAGAAUCAUUCCUACAUGAUUCCUGGCGGCAGACACGUGACAAGGUGCGUGUCAGACGACUGGAAGUGAAGCCUCACGCCUUGGAAUUGCCAGAUAAACAUUCUUUGGCCUUUGUCGUACGCAUUGAAAGGAUUGAUGGUGUGAGUUUACUGGUGCAGAGAACCAUUGCAAGACUUCGCCUAAAGAAAAUUUUUAGUGGUGUCUUUGUAAAAGUCACUCCCCAGAACCUAAAAAUGCUGCGUAUAGUGGAACCUUAUGUGACCUGGGGAUUUCCAAAUCUGAAGUCUGUCCGGGAACUCAUUUUGAAACGUGGACAAGCCAGGGUCAAGAAUAAGACCAUCCCUCUGACAGACAACACUGUGAUUGAGGAGCACCUGGGGAAGUUUGGUGUCAUUUGCUUGGAAGACCUCAUUCAUGAAAUUGCCUUCCCGGGGAAGCAUUUCCAGGAGAUCUCAUGGUUCUUGCGCCCUUUCCACCUCUCAGUGGCCCGUCAUGCUACCAAAAAUAGAGUGGGCUUCCUCAAGGAGAUGGGCACACCUGGCUAUCGGGGUGAACGCAUCAAUCAGCUUAUCCGCCAGCUGAACUAGAACCAGGUGCCAAACUGCAAUAAAUUUUUAUCAAUGAAGUGGAAGCAUGUGUUUUUGGGUUUGGAGAAUUUGUAUCAAGUAUCUUCAGAGAAGAUUAUUUCCUGCUUUAUCUUUAAAAACUGGAAAGGAACGGUCAAAGAAAAGACAGUAGCUGGCCAGGCGCGGUGGCUCAUGCCUGUAAUCCCAGUACUUUGGGGAGGCUGAGGAGGGCGGAUCACCUAAGGUCGGGAGUUCGAGACCAGCCUGACCAACAUGGCAAAACCCCGCCUCUACUGAAAAUACAAAAAUUAGCAGGCAUGGUGGCGCAUGCCUGUAAUCCCAGCUACUCGGGAGGCUGAGGCAGGAGAAUCGCUUGAACCCAGGAAGCAGAGGUUGCUGUGAGCCAAGAUCACACCAUUGCACUCUAGCCUAGGCAACAAGCGAAACUGUUUCAAAAGAAAAAAAAGAAAAAAACAGUAGCUUAUGUACAUUGCAAGCACCUCUCAUCACAAUCCAGUUCCAAGGAAAAAUUCCAGCGUUUUCUACAUUGGCUGCUGCCUCGUCUGAAAUCAGCACAUUCCAUGGAGGAAGGAGUUCUGCUUUGCUGCAUCUCUUAUUCUAGGGUUUAAUGUUGGUAAUUGAGUAACUCUAGCAUUUGUACAAGGCUCCCUAAGACUCCUGCAGCAGUGGACAAGCCCAGGGACAUAAUUGAAUCUGGUGAUUCCUGGGGCCUUGUGAGAAAGACUUGAAAUACACAUAGGAGGAAAGGUACAAAAAUAAAUGUUUACUUGUCUCUGC